CAUUCUUUUACAGCAACAAUAUCAAAGUGCCCUAUUCUGGGCAGACAAAGUAGCUUCGCUGUCUCAUGAGGAACCUCAAGAUAUCUAUUGGUUGGCCCAGUGUCUUUACCUAACAGCUCAGUAUCAUAGGGCAGCACAUGCUCUUCGAUCACGGAAAUUGGACAAGUUGUAUGAAGCAUGUCGAUACCUUGCAGCUAGAUGUCAUUAUGCUGCAAAAGAACAUCAGCAGGCCCUGGAUAUUCUUGACAUGGAAGAACCAAUCAAUAAAAGACUUUUUGAAAAGUACUUGAAAGAUGAAAGUGGAUUGAAAGACUCUUCCACAGACUGGGAGAUGUCACAGUCCUCCAUCAAGAGCUCUAUCUGCCUUUUGCGGGGGAAGAUCUACGAUGCUUUGGAUAACAGAACCCUAGCAACGUACAGCUACAAAGAGGCCUUGAAGCUUGAUGUUUACUGCUUUGAAGCAUUUGAUCUCUUAACUUCGCACCAUAUGCUGACGGCACAAGAAGAAAAAGAACUUCUUGAAUCUCUACCUCUUAGUAAACAAUGUACAGAAGAAGAACAGGAAUUGCUGCACUUUCUAUUUGAGAAUAAAUUGAAAAAGUAUAAUAAACCCAGUGAAACAGUGAUUCCUGAGUCUGUAGAUGGUCUCCAGGAAAAUCUGGAUGUAGUUGUAUCCCUAGCUGAAAGACAUUAUUAUAACUGUGACUUCAAAAUGUGCUACAAACUUACUUCAGUAGUAAUGGAAAAAGAUCCUUUCCAUGCAAACUGUUUACCUGUGCAUAUAGGGACGCUUGUGGAGCUAAAUAAAGCAAAUGAGCUUUUCUAUCUUUCUCACAAACUGGUGGACUUGUAUCCAAAUAAUCCUGUGUCGUGGUUUGCAGUAGGAUGCUACUAUCUCAUGGUUGGCCACAAAAAUGAACAUGCCAGAAGAUACCUCAGCAAAGCUACUACACUGGAGAGGACGUACGGGCCCGCGUGGAUCGCGUACGGACACUCCUUCGCCGUUGAGAGCGAGCAUGACCAGGCCAUGGCUGCCUACUUCACGGCUGCACAGCUCAUGAAAGGGUGCCAUUUGCCAAUGCUCUAUAUUGGCCUGGAAUAUGGUUUGACCAACAACUCUAAGUUAGCUGAAAGGUUCUUCAGCCAAGCUUUAAGCAUUGCACCCGAGGAUCCUUUUGUCAUGCAUGAAGUUGGAGUGGUUGCAUUUCAAAACGGAGACUGGAAAACUGCAGAAAAAUGGUUUCUUGAUGCACUGGAAAAAAUCAAAGCUAUUGGAAAUGAGGUAACUGUUGAUAAGUGGGAACCUUUAUUGAACAACUUGGGACACGUCUGCAGAAAACUCAAGAAAUACGAAGAGGCCCUGGAAUACCAUCGCCAGGCUCUUGUACUGAUACCUCAGAACGCAUCAACUUACUCUGCCAUCGGCUACAUACAUAGUCUAAUGGGCAAUUUUGAAAGUGCAAUUGACUAUUUUCAUACGGCCCUUGGUCUUAGGAGGGAUGACACAUUUUCAGUCACAAUGCUUGGACAUUGCAUAGAAAUGUAUAUUGGUGAUUCCGAAGCUUACAUUGGAACAGAGAUCAAAGACAAGUUAAGAUGUUACAAUUUUGAUGUGCAUACAAUGAAGACAUUAAAGAACAUUAUUUCACCUUCGUGGGAUUUCAGAGAAUUUGAUAUAGAAAGGCAAACGCUGGAUGAAAGUGGUAUAGUGACGCUAGAAACAUCCAAUCCGAGGAAAAGUACAGAUACCAGUCGUCCACUGGAGGAAACGUUUGAGAUUGAGAUGAAUGAAAGCGACAUGAUGCUCGAAACGUCCAUGUCGGACCAUAGUACGUGACUGUAGAUGCUCGUGGAGGGCUCGUUUUGUCUCUGUGUGUUUUGUUUGUUCGGGCAUUUUUGUUACGGUGUUAAACUUUCUGGAAUUUGCUAUUUUUAUAUGAAUUCAAACUACUCCUCUGUACUUAACACCGGAGAAAUAAUGCUCGUCUUAAGGAUGUUAAGACACACAUAAGAUUAUUUCCAACCUAUUUCUACAAAAUUAACCAUACAAAAUGAAAUAAAAAAAAAUCGCAUAAUUUUUUAAAUUGUUUAUUUAUUCCUGUGGCUGCUCUCAGUAAGACUGGAGGUUUAAAAGUAAUAC